GGAAGUUCCAGAGCUUUAAGCAGAAACACAGAGACUGGGCUAAGUGUGGACAACUGUUUUCCCACUUCACAUCAACAAACGUGUUGCUCCUGCUGCAGAGCUUAUACUAAAUCUUCUUGCUAUUUUUUUGUUCUUUAACUAUGAAGGUGUGGAUGACAUUGAUUCUGUCUGGCCUUACAGGCCUUCUUCUUCUGUUAGAAGUUAGCUGCAUGAGUCCUGUGAAUUGUAAAUGGGGCCCAUAUGGUGACUGGUCAGAGUGUGAUGGUUGCAAGAAGACACAGGUUCGGAAGCGCACUGUAGAAACAUAUGGUCAGUAUGGGGGAAGCCCAUGCCCGGGUGAAUCCACUGAGAGACGGGCAUGUUUGCCCACUAGAGGGUGCCCACUGGAAGAAGGAUGUGGCAACAGAUUCCGCUGUUCUUCAGGUCUGUGCAUCAGCAAGUCCCUGGUGUGCAAUGGAGACCAGGACUGUGAGGAAGAUGGUGCCGAUGAACAAGGAUGUUCAGAUCAAUCAAGUGUGUGUGACAAUGAUCAACCCCCACCCAAAGUAGAGCUGACUGGCAAAGGAUUUGAUGUUUUAAACGGAAAGCUCAGGGGCAGUGUCAUCAACACAAAAAGCUUUGGAGGAGAGUGCAGAAAAGUGUACACUGCAGAUCAUAAACCUUCCUACAGACUGACUCAGAAUCUCGUCAAAUAUACAUUCCAGGUUAAAAUUAAGAAUGACUUCAGUGAUGAGUUUUAUAACAGCUCCUGGUCCUAUAAGAAGCACACAGAGUAUAAAAUGACUUCUAAUUACGAUGGACACGAUUCUCGUGAUUUCACUACAGCCCUGUCAAAUGAAAAGAGCCACAGACUUCUGGUAAUCAAGAAUGAGGUGGAGGUUGCACAGUUUCUGAAUGGCGCAUCUGAGGACUUGACACUUUCAGAGAAUUUCUGGAAGGACUUAACCUUGCUACCAGCUUCAUAUGAGUAUAGUGCUUACCGAGAUCUUAUUCAAGACUAUGGUACUCACUUCAUGAAGGAAGGCUAUCUUGGAGGCCAGUACCAGGCUCUUCUCUACGUUGAUUCUGAAAAGAUGAAACAACAAGGUAUAUCUAACCUUGAUGCUCAAAAAUGUACUUCUUCAAGUUCUGGCUUCCUGUUCAUCAGCGUGAAGCGCUCAGAAUGCAACAAACUUGUUGAGGCACUCAGGACAGCUGAAGGGUAUAAAAGAGACAGGAUACGUGCAGAAACACAGAUUGUUGGAGGGAGGUCAGGUUUUGCCUCUGGUCUUAAUUACCUGGAUUUAAACAACCCUACAGCAAACAGUGAUCUCUAUACCAAGUGGGCUGGCUCUGUGACACAGAACCCCUCCGUUAUCAAGCAGAAGUUGAGACCAUUGUUUGAGCUGGUGAAAGAGGUACCCUGUGCAGCUGUGAAGAGAUACAACCUGAAGCGAGCAAUCGAGGAAUAUCUGAAUGAGAAUCACCCUUGCAAUUGUAAACCUUGCCAGAACAAUGGUAUUCCUGCAGUCAAAGACACACUCUGCACAUGUGUCUGUAAACCAGAUACCUAUGGACCAGCCUGUGAGCUUGGAACUCUUCUGCAGGAACAACCAGGGGUGAUUGAUGGCAGCUGGAGCUGUUGGUCUUCCUGGAGUUCCUGUUCGCAGGAUCAGAGGGUAAGAACUCGCACUUGCAAUAACCCCUUUCCCAGAAUGGGGGGAAAGUUCUGCAUUGGGGAGCCCAAAGAGACCCGGCCCUGCGAGGAUGAGGAACUUGCCUAUUUACGUGAAAUGGAACCCCAUUGCUUUGAUACUACAUUGGAACCAACAAAGUCCUGUAAACCUCCUCCUGUGAUUCAAAAUGGCUUUGUUGAAGAUCCCAAAGACCUCUACCCUAUUGGCAGUAAAAUUGUGUAUUCCUGCAAAGAGAGAUAUUAUAUUGUUGGGGAUCCCGUAGCUGAGUGUGAUGAGGAUUUAAAGUGGAAAAGAUAUCCUGUACAAUGCAUGCGGACAGUCUGUCAGCCUCCAGACUUCAUGGCUGACGUGAAAGGGACACCCUGGAAGCCCAGUUAUGAAAUAGGGGAGAAGAUCGUAAUGUCCUGCCCAGCUGGAAAACAGUUAGAAGGGGUUUCAGAAAUCAAGUGUGACUCCAGCCUCAACUGGUCCCCACAGAUUUCAAAUACAAGAUGCAAAGCAGCACCUGUCAAAACCACAGUUCGACCUACACAUCAAUGCAAGCCAUGGGAAAAAGCUGACAAGUCACAAUGUAUCUGUAAAAUGCCUUAUGAGUGCACGUCAUCUUUUGAAGUCUGUGCCACUUACGUGAAAACAGGCCAAGCAUACAGACUCAGCAUCUGUAAAAUCCAUGCUCUUGAGUGUCAGGGACGCAUUUACAACCUAACUGAGGAAAACAAGUGCACAUCCCUCCAAUCCCAGAGCAAGGCCUGUCCUGACUGCCAGCUGUGGGAGAAAUGUGAUGUGGGGACUAACAUGUGUGUAUGCCGAGAAAAUGAAGAAUGCACCAAAAGUGGAGCCCAUAUCUGUGUACUUGCCGGAGAGAAUCCUGCUGCCCAAUCAAUGACAGAGUGCGAAGCAGGUCGGAGACGAUGCCAUGGAGAGAAUAUCUCAGCCGUUAGUAUCUGGCCAUGUGAAGCAUAAAAAGAAAUGUGAAUAAAACAGCUUCAAUGCUGUGUAUAACCAUUGUACAAUGUAUCUUGUAUUAAAUAUUAGUAAGUGGUUCUUACGAUUUAAGACUAUUAAAUGUAAUCUUUUACUUUCAAUCAUAAUGGUAAUAAUAAAAAGGUUUAAACUGU